AUGGCGCUCAGCCCAGCACAAGGGGAACACAGCACUCAUGUGUGUGGGCGAGUGACUUAUUCCGACAGCCUUUUCUGUUCCCUGAUAAUGAGUACUUCAUGUCCUCGCUGUAGCAAGUACAGUAUAGGCAAUGUGACAUCUUUCCUCUGGGAUGCUGCUGCUGGGCUUGUUGUGUUGUGUUCCUGUGACUCUGAGGCUACUACUAGAGACUACUAUGAGGUGCUGGGUCUUCCACAGUCUGCCACUGACAGGCAGGUCAAGAAGGCCUUCCAUAAACUGGCCAUGACAUACCAUCUAGACAGCAACAAAAGUCCCAAUGCAGAGAAGAUUUUCAGGGAGAUAGCUGAAGCAUACGAGGUGCUCUCAAACGAGGAGAAGCGGUAUGGCCAGAUGGGUCAUGAGGCCUUCCAGACUGAGGGGGAGGAUGUAAAGGGGACUGGGCCGGGCAUGGAGGGGGCCAGGACCCCUUCUACUUUAACCUGGAGGAGCUGUUCCAGGGCCUGAAUAUGGACGAGGACCUCUUUCUGGAGGAUGCGGGGGACUCCUGGAGCUUCCAGUUGGGGGGAGAGGAUGAGGAUGACCUCCAUGAGUAUCAGGCCUUCCUGGGUAGCAGCUUCUUUGACCUCUCGGGGGAUUCCUUCAGCCAGAUGGGGCUGGGGGACCAUGAGGGAAAGUAGUUCUGCUAGAUGAAAACGCAUACAGACAGCAGUGCUGAGGAAGUGUGUGAGGGGGCAUGAUCUAUCUAUGUUUUCAUAGGCUCAUAUAAUGUUUGCAGUCAGAUGGGUCGAAUGUGCAAUAAAGUCACAGUGCCCUUACAUUGAUUAUGUCUGGUGUUGAUUCUGUCACAUAACAGCACAUAGCGCCUGUAUUCCAUAGUAUAAAGUGGCCAUUGGAAACGUGAUAUACUAUUGAAUGAG